UCAAAGAUGUGAUGCUUGAAGUAGAAGAGCAGGAAAUAAAAAUUUCACAUGAUUUAUUAUUGAAAUUAUAUAAGAACCUAUUUCAAUGUUUUUGGUUUGGUUUUAUGUUUGUUUGGUUUUUUUUAGCUCAUGGAUGCAAGGUAUCCAUCACAGAACAAUGUCAUUCCAGUGGGGAAAAGCUGUGCCUUACCUCCAAGCCAUCCCUGUGAUAUGUGCUCCAGCAAGCCCAAGGAGGGUGUUCCCAUCCCUAAGAUUGGUGCUCCAGCCAGGAAUUUCACCCCAAGCUGUAGGAGCUCACACUGUGCUCCCCUGGAGGCACCUUCUCCUCUGAGGAGGAGGGAGGAUGAUCACACCAGCAUCCUGACAACAAUCCAGCCCCUGAGCAUGGACAGCAAACCCCACAGAGACCCAGCCCUGCUUUCCCCUCUGCAGAGCAUCCCGAGGAAGGCACGAUGGAGCCCUGCCACCACCACGGGGAAGGAAGGGAAGCAGUCCCAGGACAGGAUCAUCUCCUCAGUGCCAGAUACAGCUGAUGACUCAGCCACGGGCAGAAGCUAUGAUCGGGCACGGUCAUUUUUAGACCCAGCAGGCAGCACCAGCCUCACAGCCCAGCGAGGAGGAGGGAGGCUCUGUGCACCCUCGGUGAAGGAGCUGUCGGCUCGGUUCCUCCGGCACACAGCUGCUGCUGCUGCCGCCAGCCCCGCGCAGCCGAGUACUGUGAAGGACAACUCCAUUCACUCUCCCCACAGACAGAAAAAAAGCAAGAUGUCAGAAGCUCAGAAAUCAUCUAAAGUUGCCAUCAAGAAAAUGGAAGAUGACCUGCCUCCCCCUCCAGCCGUUGGCUCUGUCCAGGUGCUUGCUCCAGGGGGUCAGGAUCUCAAUGCACUCCCUGUGCCUCCUCCAAAGCAAGCCUUCUCCAAGUUCUACCAGCAGCGCCAGGUGAACGAGCUGAAGAGGCUCUACAGGCACAUGCACCCCGAGCUCAGGAAGAACCUGGAAGAAGCUGUGACUGAGGACCUGGCAGAAAUGCUUAACACUGAGGAUCCCAAUGCACAAGGCUCUGUGAACCUGGAUAAAGUUCUCCCGGGAGAAGUUCAGUCCAUGCGCUGGAUUUUUGAGAACUGGGCACUUGAUUCCAUUGGGGACCAUCAAGCCACGAAGAAGCUGACAGAAGAAGAGAUCAUUCCCAGUGGGGAUGUGAAAAGCACUUCCCUGAGGUUUGAAAGCCAGUCCAUAAACGGAUACAACCUGACAACAUCAGCCAAGGUGUCGGAAACAGACUUUGCCAGAGGGGAUGUUCGCACUGCCCGGUGGCUCUUUGAAACCCAACCACUGGACACAUUAAAUAAACUGUAUUCUGAUGAAACCGAGGUGCAGGAGGCAGUUCUCAAGGAGCCUGUCCAGGGAGGUGACGUGAAAGGGGCCAAACAGCUCUUUGAAGCACAGUCCUUGGAUGCCAUAGGACGCUGCUCCUCAGUGGAGGAGAAGAGCAUCCUACAACUCAAGUCAGAAAUCCAGGAGCUUAAAGGUGGUGUUAAGAAGACUGUCAGGCUCUUCCAAACAGAGCCCCUCUGUGCCAUCAGAGACAAAAGUGGGACUAUCCAUGAAAUCAAGUCCGUCUGCCGAGAAGAAAUUCAGAGCAAUGCGGUCAGGACGGCUCGCUGGCUCUUUGAGACUCAGCCCCUGGAUACCAUCAACAAGGACACUUCCAAAGUGCAGAUAAUCCGUGGGAUCUCACUGGAAGAAAUUGGGAGGCCAGAUGUUAGUGGUGCAAGGUGGAUAUUUGAAACUCAGCCUCUGGAUGCCAUCAGAGAAAUCACAGUAGAAGAACAAGACUUCAAGGCUUCGACAGAUUUUGUCACAGGGGCAGAUGUCACCAAACAGCGAUUGCUUUUCGAGACCCAGACUCUUGACUCCCUGAAAGGAGAAGCUUCAGAAAGUGUUGUAGCCAAAGAACAAGUCAUUGGAGGUGAUGUCAAGUCUACACUCUGGCUCUUCGAAACGCAGCCAAUGGAAACCCUGAAAGACAAUUUUGAGGUGGGACGUUUGACAAAAGUAGAGCUUUCAGCAGAGGAGAAGGGAGAUGUGAAGCAAAGAAAACAUGUCUUUGAGACCUGUCCCCUUGGCAGUAUCUCCAAGGCAUUUGGGGAAGAAAUUCCAGCCACCAGCAUGGAAGAGGUAGUGAAAGGGGAUGUGAAAUCUUUCAAGACCCUGUUUGAGACCCUCCCCUUAGACAGCAUUAAGCAGGCUGAUGCUGAGCCCACCACCAAAGAAGAGGAGGAGAAGAUUCCAGCUGGCAACGUCAAAGCCAACCAAAUCCUGUUUGAGACAACACCCCUGUAUGCCAUCAAGGAUAGCUUUGGCAAUUUCCACGAAGUCACCUCUGUAAGCAGAGAGCAGAUCAUCAGCGGUGACGUCAAGAACUACAAGUGGAUGUUUGAAACCAGGCCCCUGGACCAGUUUGAUGAAAGCAUCAAGAAGGUGGACAUAAUAAGGGGGAUCACAAAACAAGAGGUGGUGGCUGGUGAUGUCAGGACAGCCAAGUGGCUCUUUGAAACGCAGCCCAUGGAUGUCAUUCAUCUCCAAGCUACAGAAGGGGAGAAGCACCCCUCAGUGAAGAGGGAGAUCUCCCAGAAGGGGGAUGUGAAGACCUGCAGGUGGCUGUUUGAGACACAGCCCAUGCACACCCUGUACGAGAAGGCUGAGAAGAAGCAAGAGGAGGAUGGCAGCGUGCCCCAAGCCGAUGUGAAAUCCUACACGUGGAUGUUUGAGACUCAGCCCCUGGACUCCCUGAAAGGCCAGGAGGAACAGUAUUUGCAAGUCAGUAAGGCCUACAGUCAGGAGGAAUUACAGGGAGUGGAUGUCAAAACUGUCCGGCACCUGUUUGAGACUGAGCCCUUGGGCAGCAGCACCGCCAGCGAAGCUGACCGGAAAAAAACCAUGCGGUACUCCAGUCGUGUGGAGUUCCAGUCUGGGGAAGUGUCCAGAGUGAAAGAGUUCUUUGAAGCCAAGCCCUUGGACACAGCCACCAAGCCAAAAUCCCAGAAGGAUGCUGGAACAAUUGAAGCUGGGUCUGUGCACAAGUUCACAUGGCUCUUUGAGAAUUACCCCAUGGACACCCUGAAGGACAGCUCUGAGGGAAUCCAGGAAAUACCUCCUGAAAAGGAUGUCAAGGGGGGAGAUGUUGGAGGAAAAAGGUUCGUAUUUGAGACCUAUUCCCUUGAUCAAAUCCAUGACAAAGUGGAUGAGACAGAACUCCAGAAGAUCCAGAAAGACACCAUGAGCAAAGCUAAUGUCAAGUCCUGCACAAUGCUCUUUGAAAGCCAACCUUUAUACGCUAUCCAGGACAAAGAGGGGGGAUACCAUGAGGUCACCUCAGUGCAGAAAGAAGAAAUCAUGAAAGGUGACAUGAAAGGUGCCCGGUGGUUGUUUGAAACCAAGCCCCUGGACCAGAUCAAGAAGGAAGAAGAGGUGUUUGUGAUUAGGGCUGUCACCCAAGAGGACAUCAAGAAAGGAGAUGUCCAGACUGCCCGCUGGAGGUUUGAGACAGAGCCUCUUGACUCCUUCUCAGGAGGAAAGUUGUCUGUGCCCAGAACAGUGGAUGACGUGCAGAAGGGAGAUGUUCAGUCCAACAAGCAGCUCUUUGAGUCCCAGCAGGUGGGCCAGAAGAAGUACGUGAGGAUGGUGAGUGUCAGUGACGUGCAGCGGGGUGACGUGAGGACAUCCACUUGGCUCUUUGAGAACCAUCCUGUGGACUCGCUGUACGGGGACGCAGAGAGGAGCUCGUCCAUGAGCACAGUGCAGAGAGAGGACAGCCAGAAAGGGGAUGUAAAACGCUGCACCUGGUUGUUUGAAACCCAGCCCAUGGACACCCUUAAGGACACAGAGGUGACGGCCAGCGCUGGGGCCCAAGAAGAGAUCCCGCGUGCAGAUGUGAAAAGCACAACGUGGCUCUUUGAGAGCACACCCCUGGAUAAAUUCAGUGCUUCUGAAGGUAGCAUAGAAAUAGAACUGAAGGAAAGAACCAUGAAGGAGACUUUAGAGACUCUCUGCACUUGCCAGGCUAUCCAGCAUGAUGGGAUCCUCAUUGAAGCUAAUGACAUGGAGAGUGUGAAGAUGGUGAAGUACCAGCUCAGCAGCCCAGGAGCUCCAGAGAUCCUGAAAGAGGAGAUUGUGGGAGGCCACUUGCAAAGGAUUAUGCUGCAGCUCCUGCACAGAACCAAUGUGGAAGCACAGAGCACGCUGGUGGAGGAGGACAGAGAGGGCAAGAUCAAAGUAAGCCCAUUGCAGCUGCUGGACCAGAGUGAACCCAACAAAGGCAAAGAGGACUUGAGUGGAGAUGUAGCCAAGGCCUUACAGGGUCUCCUCAGCCAAGAUUCUUCCAUCAAAAAGGGGAUGGUCCUGCAAGAGACAAAGUCAGGAUCAGUGAAGAUGACUCUCUACUCCCUCCUGUUCCAUUCUGUCCAGCAGAAAGUCGUCAAGGGGGAUGUGAAGUCAACGAUUGGGAACUUGUUGGCUUCUUCUCAGGAGCAGAAAGCAGCAGCCACCAUCAAGCGCGAGGACAAUGAGAAGGGAAAUGUCCAACUU